AUGAUGUCUCAAUCUCUCCGGGCCUCGCGCGCCAUCUUCUCCCGUGCCUCUCGGCAACAGGUCUCGGUCGCUCGCCGCACCUUCCUGACCUCCGCUGUCCGCCAGGCCGACCCCGUCCAGGACCUUUACCUCCGCGAGCUCAAGGCUUUCAAGCCUACUCCCAUCAAGGCCGGUGACGCCGAUGAGCACGUCCAGAAGUUCUCCGCCCCCGCUGCCCCCAAGUCCCCCGAGGAGGCCAACCUUGCCAGCGAACUUUCCGCCUACGAGAGCCAGGAGGUCGAGGUUGAGGGUCAGGCCGCCGCUGGCGAGGCCGCCCCUGUUGAGGAGAGCUGGUUCGAGGAGGACGAGGAGGCUCCCGCCGCCCACUAA